AUGCUCUCCUCGGUCGGGCUGGUUCCCAGCCUCGCGGCGUCCUCGUGCGCCGUGCUCCCCGCGCCGCUCGGGCGAGCCGAUCAGCCGCCGUCGCCUUCGCGCACGCGGCGCGACGCGCUGCAAAUUGCGCUCCGGGCCUGGACCGUGGGCGCCGGUGCGGCCAUCGCAGGCCUCGUGCACGGAGAGGCGGAGAGGCUGGCCACGGCGCCGCGACCGGACGAGCUGCGCGAGGGCGACGAGCUGUACCGGCUCAGAUCGCAGAACGAGCUCGCGCCGCGCCGCGCCGCGCUCGACGCCGACUGGCGCGAGCUCCGCCGUUCGCCGCCGACGCGGGAGCAGACGCGGCAGGCGUUUGAGGAGGUCGUGCGGGUGCGCGACGCGAUUCGGGAGGCGCGGGCGCUGGCGGAGGCGCAGCGCUGGGCCGAGCUCGGCGCGCUGCUCCCUGCGGACACGGUGCCCGCCCUCGAGCGCGCCGCCACCCUCCUCGCGGCGUCGGCCUCGCUCACGGCCGACCAGCGCGCGGCCAUCGGGUGGCAGUGGGGCGCGUGCGGCUGGAGGCGGUGCGGCGCGCAGGCGGACGCGGCGCAGGCGCUGAGCAAGCUGCGCGCCAACCUCGGGAUGGUCGUCCCGCUCGAGGCCCUCUUCUACCUCGACGUGGCGCUCCGCGCGACAGACGAGAUUGUGGCCCUCGGCGUCGAGUCGCGUCUGUUGCCGCCGAGCGCCGCGGGCGCGCACGCCGACUACUUGCGGCGCGAGUCGCUCGAGCUCAUCCUCCCUGCCGAGGACUUGGCUUCGGGCGACGCGAACCUGCCCGUGACGCGCGGCGGGGCGAGCGAGGCGGAGGAGGCGCUCGACGAGCUCGAGGCGGAGAUACUCAGCCAGCUCUCGCCGGCCGGGCUGGCCGGUGGGGGGAGUGAUGAUACGUAGCACUAGAGGUCACGUUUGACUUAGCCGCUCUUGGCUGUGGCGAAGCGCGAUUCCACCUCUUUCCUGACAGCCUGUCGACGAGAGAG